UUUCAUAAAAUUGAGGUUAUGUUUAGAAAGUCGCAAAAGAAAUAUAAAAAUAUAAUUCAAUAUCAAUGAACUUAUAUUACUUAUUGCUUUCCAUUUACAUUAGAACUCAAAUAAUUAUCCCUAACAUCAUUCUAUACUCAUUUGUGUGAAUCAUCAGUAUAUUAUUUACAUACUGUACAUAAUGUACUAAAUACAUCUCUAUAACAUCUCUUGUAGUAUAUUAUUUCUCGUAUAUAUGAUACAUGUAAAGUAUGCCAUUAUUAUUUGUAAUUUUCAUGUUGCAGUAUAAUCAAGAAAAUAUAGAGUGUGCAACCUUUCUUAACAUCCACUUAUUUACUGGAGCACAAAGCCUGAACAUAAUCAAGAAAAGAUUGAUUGAGCGUGCGACCAGGUUUUACAUCCAUGUAUUUAUUGGGUCAGAAAGUAUUAAGAAUGGACAAUUUUCAAGAAAUUGUAAUUAGAGAAUUAUCGAAUUUGGAAUUAAAAAUCGACAAUAUCAGCCAAAAAAUGGAAGUAAUAAAUACAUAUCAAAAACUCAUAUUGGAUAAACUUUCAUUCAGCUCAACUUUGGAUGUGGAACAAAGUGAAAUUGAUGUUUUUGAAGAUUUGCCGCUCAAAGAUGAAUACAGUCUUCAACUCAUGGAAGAAAAAUUAAAAAAUGAUUUAUCUUAUCGAAAUCAAAUGAUCAAACAAUUGACACGUCUCACUUGCCACAAAUUAAAAACUUCAUGUUUACGAAUAAUAAAAUCUAUAUUUGCAAAUGAACUUGCAGAGAAAUACAGUUGGUACGGGGCCAAGAAGAAAAACGUUUUUUCAAAUCUGGAUAUAUGCAAAAUAAUUAUGAGUGUGAUACGAAAAUCACAUGAAAAUGUAACAGAUGAGCAAAUUGCUGCACCUAUUAAAAUAUGGCUAGCUCAUGCUAAAGAGCGCAUGGAGCGUUCUCGAAAUCUGGAGCAAGAAUUAAAUCUUAUGAAUUCAUGUUAUGUUGGCCUCCAGAGCGAAUAAUCCAACAUUAUUUUUUAAUUUUUAUUUUAAUUGUUUUUUAAUUUUUUUAUUAUUUUUUAAGUUUUAUUUUUUAAAUUAGAGAAAAUGCAGUUGACUUUUAAGAUGCUGUUAACUUUUUGCUAGUCAACCUUUUAAAAAAGUAAGAUAAUGUAUAUAUAUGUAGAUAAUAUAUAUAUAUAUAUAUAUAUAUACAAGAUGAUAAAACAUACAUAUAUUUUCUUAUCUAUACUGCUUUUAAAAUCGUAAUAUGUAGUUUCUUUUUUUGACGGUAUUUUUCUAUUAAUGCGAAAUUUUGUUUUUUUGCUAAUUAAAGAAAGAAAAAUAAUUAAUUAGUUUCUACUGAUAUAAGUACUAUUGCCUAUUGUCUGCACGCCUCUUAAUUUUAUAAAAUAUUAGAAAACGUAUCUUAUAUAUUGACUUAUGAUUGCAACCCGGAUGAAUGUUAAUGAUGCUUGAGUAAGAGAUAGCGAUAAAGAAAUAAUAAUGAGCAUAUCUGAUUGUGAGUAGAAUGACUUCAAUCAAAUUCUAAUUAAUUUAAUCGACGAUCAAGUGAUACCCGAAUUUUACCAAUGGAUAGAAUUUAAUAAUUUUUUGUCUUUGAUAUAUAUGCAAAUAAGAGAGUCGAUUUGAAACGAUGAAUAAUAUUAUAGUUUUUAUCUUUAUUCUUUAUUUCUACUGUGUUCACUUUGUGUUCAGUGGCGUGAAAACAUUCAUUCAAUCUUUAUUUACAAAUAUGAUAAUAUGAAUUAUUGUGUAAUAAUGAUGUAAUUAGUAUUAAAAUUUAGAAUAGUAGCAACAAAAAUGUAAAACAAUAUUUUGAAUUUAUGGAAAUACAUAUUAGUUGCUUUCCAUUUA